AUGAAGACUUAUAUGGGCCUGUCACCUUUUCAGUUGGUGUAUGGGAAAGCAUGUCAUUUGCCAGUGGAGAUGGAGCACAAAGCUUUGCGGGCUUUGAAAUUUUUAAACUUUGAUCCUUAUGAAACUCAAAGCAAACGUAGAAUUCAAGUUUUGGAGCUUGAAGAGAUGCGGUUACAUGCCUAUGACUCAUCUAGGAGUUAUAAGGAAAAGGUAAAAUUUUAUCAUGACAGGAAGUUGAUAAAGAGAGCUUUCAGCCCCGGACAGCAAGUGUUAUUAUUCAAUUCAAGGCUGAAGUUAUUUCCUGGAAAGCUGAAGUGA